GCUAAUAGUGACGAUAAGAAGCCAAUGGGUGAGCGAAGAUGGAGAGUAGAGUUUUCCGGGUCUUAGAGAGGAAGCCUUUACGCGGGAGGAAGGAACACCCUUUUUCAGCAAGGGUGAGGGCAAGAGGCUAGCAGGAUGUAGGCCAGAGAAUUGUCAGACCUGUUGGUGGCUUCUGCCACCGGAAGAAUUUACAACAUAAAAUAGAUGAUGGAUUUGGGACAAUAGAUUCUGUACCCAGAGCUUCUGUCACUUGGUUACUUUUAAAAUUAAGAUUGCCUGGUGUUAGUUGGGUUCUGAGAUUAUCCAAUCCCUGUCGCUCUGGUUUACAAAGUUGUCCAAGAUCAGCCUAGACCCAUAUGCUCUGGGUUCCUAAGGCCGCUGCGCACUGGCUCAGUGCCCUUCUCCAGAUCCUGCUCCUGAAUGCCUGCUUCUCCUGGACUUGGACCCUUGUGGGCUCACACUCCCUGCGGUAUUUCUCCACUGUCAUGUCCUGGCCCGGCCUCCGGGAGCCAAGGAUAAUAGUCAGCGGCUACAUAGAUAAUAUGGAAUUCCUGCGCUUGGACAGCGACGCGGAAACUCCAAGGGUGAAGCCCCUAGUGCCAUGGCUGGAGCAGGAGGGGCUGGAAUACUUGGAGCAGCAGAUUCAUAGAAUCAGGACUCAAGCACAACAGUCUGAAAGGAACCUGAUGAGGCUGGUUCAUUUUUACAAUAAGAGCAUGGACGACUUCCACACACUACAGUGGCAGCAAGGCUGCGAUGUGGGGUCAGAUGGGCGCCUGCUUCACUGGUACGACCAGCUCGCCUUUGAUGGUGUAGAUCACCCCACCCUGAACAAAGACCUGCGUUUCUGGACAGCGGGGACCAGCACUGUGGGUCAGAUCUCUCAGCCCGAGUUAGAAGCUCGCCUGAAGGACAACUGCUCAGAGCUGCUGCAGAAAUACCCAGAAAAGGAGAAGGAGAAGCUGCUGCGUUCAGACCCCCCAAAGGCACAUGUGACCCUUCACCCCAGACCUGAAGGUGAUGUCACCCUGAGAUGCUGGGCCCUGGGCUUCUACCCUGCUGACAUCACCCUGACCUGGCAGUUGAAUGGGGAGGACCUGAUCCAAGAAAUGGAGUUUGUGGAGACCAGGCCUGCAGGGGAUGGAACCUUCCAGAAGUGGGCAUCUGUGGUGGUGCCUCUAGGGAAGGAGCAGAAGUACACAUGCCAUGUGGAGCAUGAGGGGCUGUCAGGGCCGCUCACCCUGAGAUGGGAGCCUGACCAGGACUCCACCACUACAAUCAUUUUAAUUAUUCUACCAACUGUCUCUGCAAUUGCCCUCUGUGUUGCUGCUGUGGCAACUUCCAUAUGCCUGAAGAAGAAGGCAGGUGAAAGAGGAAGGCACGACACCCAGGAAGCAGAUGGAGACAGUCCCCAAGACUCUACCAACACUGUUGUGGAUGAACAGGAGAUGGAGGAUCCCUUUUGGAAUACUGAGAACUACAGAACUCAUCUAGGCCACCGCUCUGGGACUUUAGGAUUGCUUAGCUUGUCAUUCUAAAAGAGGUACCAGCCUGUCCUCCCUGCUCCAGCAGAACACUAGAGUCCCCCUGCCUCUCCUUCAUGACCAGGGCACGAGCAGGCCACUUCUUACCACACUGGACAGAAACAGGUCCCUCCUUUCUGUCUUGAAGAUCUGUCCACCUCUGUCUUCUCUAAGUGGCUUCUUGUCUGGCAUUUUGUCAUGUUGUCAAGGGACCCAGAGGGGCCGAGCUCCAUCCUCUCACACACCUCAUUCCGGCUACUACCCCCAGUGUUUUGGGGACAUUUAAUCAGGUCAAGUUGGGACCAAUGACUUUGAUGCAGAAAAGAAUUGUGCACUAGUAGAGAUGGGGUUUAAUAAAAAAAUUCUAUUUUUGGUAUUUUAA